CAAAAUUCAAAAUAGUGUUAAAUUAAACUUGUUAUUUAUAUUUAUUAAAGCUGGUACAAACAGCCAUUCCAAAAAUAUUUUGUUACAAAUUUGUUCAUUAUUAUGAUAUUUAUGCGAAAGAAUCUUCAACAACAAUUUCAAAAUGAUACUAAAAACUUGACAGAUAGUGCAGGGAAAAGUAUGGCAAUUUCCAAGCUAUAAUUGAAUAGCGAGCCUAAGAUGAGUCUUUCAUCGAUGAUAAUGUAGAGUUAAAAUAGUAUAAAUGAAAAUACUUGUUUUGAUCAACAAAACUUGCACUACGAUACUUAGAGUAAAAUAAAUUACAUAAGUGAUGGAACUGACUAUAAUCGAUAGGUCCCCAAUUUUAUUAAUAGUGAAUAAAAGAGAAACUAUGAAAGGAAUUAAGAGUUAGAAGAAAACAUUCAUCGAUAGGCAAACUAGACAAGGUAUUAGAGUUUAUUUAAGAGAUUUUUGUAAAGAGAAAGAUUCGAUACAACUUUGAGCCAAUCAAUAUAAAACAGUGUCUUUAAGAGCUAAUAAAAAGAUGCUGAGAUGAAUAGGAUAAAAGAGUUUCUGAUUGCUUCAGCACAGCAAGAUUAACAAGAAAGCAAUUAAACUACACUUACUAACUAGAAUAACCUUUAGAAUAACAUGACUUUAGAUGAAAAAAUUAUUAAAAUUUCAGAAAAAAUAGAAAAAGAGUUUGAAAAAGAUUUGUAAACUAUAUAAAAAUCAUCGCAAUAAUUACUUUAAUAGUAGAUAAAUACUUCUUCUUCAGCUAGUCCUUCUGUCUAUGCAAGAUCUUAAAAAAAUACAAACAGGAGAUAUUAAUUGGAAUACAAUAGUUAAAUGCAUUCAUCAAAGCAGUCACCAAAGAACACAAAUUACAGUUAAUUCGAAUCAAAUGAAUACCCAGUGCAUUCGAAUAUAACAAGAUAAAGCAUAAACUACUAGAAUGAAGCUAUUUCUACAGCAACUGCUGCUGCAACUGUUGAUGAUGAUAAUAAAUACUAUUCAAGCAUAGUGAAAUCUGAUAAUGAAACUUCACAGAUUAACAUUCAAAAAUUAUAAAAAGAAAACGAAAAGUAAAUUUAAUAGUUAAAAACAUCUAAAGAUGAAGAUAGAAUUUUUAACGAAAUCCUUGGAAGGAACAGCUAAUAUUUUGCAGAAUAUGAAUAAAAUAAGGUCAAUAAAAUCAAAUAAAUUAACUAAUCCCAUGACAGAAGUCUAUAAGAAGACACUAACUUUUUAAAUAAAAACACAACAAACUUAGAAUUCUCAAUUACUAAGAACAACGAAACAGAUUUCCUAACUAAAAGAAAUAGUCGUCCAAAUUCUAAUAGACUUUUGUAAAGGAGCGAUUUGUAGGUUUUCGCAGAAAUAUUGGAAAAUAGCUAUGCAAAUUAAAACAAGGUAGGUAUUGUAAAUUCCACAUCAGUAUCUAACACAAAUACACACGUGAAUUGUAAAGAUUCGAUUGGAUAAACUACUACACUUACUAACAAUCAUAUUCCAAGCAAUUUUUAGCUCGAAAAAUGUACAGGAAGAAGUUCUCCUGAACACUCACUCUGCAAAAGAAAAAACAGUAGAUCAAGUAAGAAUUCUUAAUUUUAAACAAGGGAAAACACAAACUGUAUGGUGUCUCGCUAGCUCUCUCCUGAAAACUAUUAAAUAGAGUAAUAUAAAGGUAGCCAUAGCAACUCCUAAAUGUCUUCUUAGUAAGAAGAGAGCAAUAUGAGCUAUGCAAAUAUUUCAAAAAACGAAGUUAACUGCCUCAAAUAAAUACUCAUGCAUGAUCUCAAUUAUAAUAAUAUCAAUGGUUCUUCUAUAAAUUAGUAUGACAAUAAAAGACCUCAACAAAAUAAGGACUAUAACUAAACUGAUAAUGUUUCAGACGUCUCUUCAGUUGAGUAGGCUAAUUAAAGAGCUUUUGAUGGUUAUCACGAUAGUAGUGAUAACAAUGGUAUUUAGAUAAAUCAAACUAUUUAAGAGGUAAAAUAGGAAGAGGAGGAAGAUACUAUUGGCAAUUUAGAGAAAGAAGAAUCGUUACAAAUAUAAAAAAAUGGAAAUUAUAGCUUUUAUUAAAAUAAUAUUAUACAGCCUAGCUUUAGGAUAUCAGAUUCAAGCAACAAAAAAAGUGUUAUUACUCCUCUAAAAUAGCAAACGAAAAGCCUAAGCUACUACUAAAAAGGAGAGAGCUCUGACCAAGAAUAUGAUUAUGAAUAGAUUAAGGUAGACAAUAAGGAUUCAAGAAAAAUUCAUAAUAGUGACUUGUAGGAUUCAAGCAGAGAAACCAGGUUGAAAAAGAUUUAAAAUACAGACUAUGAGUCGUCAUGCAACGAUAUUUCUGCUUUAAGUUAAUUGCCAAAGACACAACAAAGUAACAAAAGUCAUUCCCAUAAAAAAAUAAAUAGUAAUCAGAAGAGAGAGAAGCCGUUUCUGACACUAGAGGAUGAAGAUGAUGAAAAUUAAAAUGAUAAGUAGGAGAGCAAAAACUAGUUGUAUAAUUAAAGAUAAACAAAAAGUUUCAGUUAAGAUAAUAAAGAAAACAUCAAUAGUUUUUAAGAGAAAAACUCUAAUUAGAGAAUAAAAGAAAAUGCAAGGCAAUUGAGUAUAGAAAAGAAUUUUAAGGGUGAGUAAAAUGAUGAAAGUUAAUCCCAAUGUGUCAACUAAAAUAAUAAUUUAAAUAAUAGCAAUUAUGAAGUUACAAACUAAAAUAACUUCUAAGAUUAAAAUUAAGAAUACUAGAAAUAUUGUUAUUAUUAAAGUUAACUUGAAAAUGAUUAGUUUUAUUACCCAUGCAGUCACUAAAGAUCUAAUUAAUGUUACUAAUUUAAUUUCAAUUAAAAAUCCACAAAUUUACUCAGCUUAUAAGAUUAAAAUAACUAAGAUCAAGAAAAUUUAAUCAGCUAAAAUAAUUAACCUGCUUAAUUGUAAAAAGAAAAUAGUUAGAUCAAUUUCCACCACCAUACUAGAAAUAAAUCUGACUUAAAUUCACAUUACACAUAAACUAAAAGCAACUAUCAAAAAAAGAGAGACUAUCCUUCAGUAAGGCUAAGUUGGAACAACAUAAGCACUUAAAAAGAAAGAUAAAAUGAAGGUAAUUUAAGUUAAGAUUUUUAUUGCUACAAUGAUAUAGUGACUGAAAAUAAGUAAGACCAAAAAGAGCACAUUUAAAAUAUCUUAAAAGAAAAAAUGUAAAACAGAUUAGAUUACUACCAGAAUGGUAACUUGUAAAAAUUGAUAAUCGAAAAAGAGAAGCUUGCCCUUAAUCUAAUAGAAUAAAAUAAUUUAAGAGAAGCUAUUCGUAUUCUAGACAGCUUUUUGAAAGAAAAUAGUGAUGAUAUUCCAACCUAUGAUCCCCACAAAGUAUAUAUGUAUUAUCUCCUCAUAGAAUGUCUCUACAAUUCUUAAAGGCUAAUAGAUUUGCAGAGAGUGUGCUCACUGUUCUACAAUUAAUACACAAAUUUUAAAUUUGAAGACUCAAAAAUUUUAACAUACUGCUUCAAGAUAUUUAAUUAUUACGCUUCUUCUAUUUUAGAAGAGGAGAGUCAAUAGGAAAAAUGUAUAGUCAUUUUAUAAAAACUCCUUGAUCUGACAAGAACACAUAAAAAUGGAUUGCUUGAUGUAGAAUCUAAAAAGCAGCAAAUUCAGUCACAAGAAGAAAUAGAAAUAGUCAUGAAGCUAGUUUAAUGCUUUAUGAAAAUAAAAGACUAUAAAUAGGCCAUAAAAUAUCUUAAUGAAAUCAUUCCAAUCCUCAAAAAUCAUUAAAAUACAAAGAUACUUCUUGCAUUCAAAAGAAAAGCAUAGUGCUUUACCCUACUCCAUUAGGAGUCUGAAGCUGAAAAAUAACUUGACGAGGCUUUAAAAUAUUCAGAAUUACAAUUUAAAAUUCAUAGAAAAGAAGACUUUGUUACGCUAUCUGAAAUCUAUGAAGAAUCAGCCAAAAUAAAAUCCAAAUAGAACAAUUUUGUAGAAUCAGUUGAGAAGCUUCAGCAUGCAAUAAAAAUUCUAAAAAAUUUGGAUGAUUACAAAUACUAAGAAAGGAUUGCAUUGCUUCUAGCGGAAUAAGGAAAGUUCCUUGUUAAAAUAGAAGAAUAUUAAGCAGCAUCUUCUAAUUUUUUAGAUGCGUAUAACAUAAUCAUUUAGCUUAAAGGCAAGUAUUGCUAAUAAGCCACUGAUUGUUUGCUAUCUAUUGCAAAGAUUUACUAUAAACAAAAAAAACUAAAUUCAAGUGUAGAAAUAUAUGAAGCAGUCUUGCAGAUGUAUUAAAAAAUGAGUGUAAAAAUUUAUGAUAUAAAGCACUUGAAGAUAAUCUUAAUCAUAUUGGAGCUGUGCUUAGAAGCAUAAAUAAAUGAAAAAUAUGAAUUAUAUGAAAAUAAAUUAAAAGAAAUUAUAAAUGAAUACAAAAAUAAAGAAAGUUGCUUCAUUAUUGCAAACGAAGUAGGUAAUUUGCUAAGAAAAUUCAAAUUAAUUGAUGGUUCGAUCUAUUACUAUUAAAAAGCUCUAUAAGAAAUAUAUCCAGAACUAAAAUUACAAGAUAGUACUAAGAAUUAGCUUAUUUUAGUAAUGUGUAAUCUUGCUAGUUCGCUCAGUGUAUCCUAGAAAUUCGUGCAAUCUCUUUAAAUGUACGAAUAGGCAUUACAAGAAUGCAUUAGAUUUCAUGGAAAGGAAAGUCAUCAAACAAAAUAAAUUAUUGAAAGCAUACAAAAUCUUCGUUCUAUUAUACAAAAAAUAUCCUAAAAAUGA